AGGGAGGGAGGGAGAGAGAGAGAGACAGACAGAGAGAGAGAGAGACAGAGAAGUUAUUGGCAAGUAUAUUCAGGGCCAGGGAGAUGGGUCUCAGUGGGUAAAGACGCUUGCAGUAAAAAGCCUGGAGACCUGAGUUCAAUCCCUGGGCCCCACGUGGUGGAAGGAGAGACCCAGCUCUCUCGGGUUGUUUCUCUAAAUUUCACAUGUACUCUGUAAAGCGUGUGUAUACACAGAAAUAAACAAGUUAGUUAGUUAGAUAUAAUUUUGUUUUGUUUUUCAAAACUGGUUUCUCUGUGUAGCCCUGACUGUCCUGGAACUCACUCUGUAGACCAGGCUGGCCUUGAACUGUGGUCACAGAGUCUGCCUGUGCCUCCCCAGUACUGGUAUUAAAGGCAUGCACCACCACCCCCUGGCUCAAUAGAUAUAAUUUUUUUAAUGUCCAGGUCAGGCCAGGUAUGGUGGUGCAGGUCCAUGACCUCAGCACCGAGAGGCUGAAGCAGCAGGUCAAGAGUUGAAGGCCGUUCUUCCACAGGAGACCUACACACCACCAAUUGUGCCUCCGUCAUGUCUCUAGUGAUCCCUGAGAAGUUCCAGCACAUUUUGCAAGUACUCAACACCAACAUCAAUGGGCGGCAGAAAAUAGCCUUUGCCAUCACUGCCAUUAAGGGUGUGGGGCAGAGAUAUGCUCAUGUGGUGUUGAGGAAAGCAGACAUUGACCUCUCCAAGAGGGCUGGAGAACUCACAGAGGACGAGGUGGAACGUGUGAUUACCAUCAUGCAGAAUCCACGACAGUACAAGAUCCCAGACUGGUUCUUGAACAGACAGAAGGAUGUGAAGGACGGGAAGUACAGCCAGGUUCUGGCCAAUGGUCUAGACAACAAGCUGCGUGAGGACCUGGAGCAUCUGAAGAAGAUUAGAGCCCACAGGGGGCUGCGCCACUUUUGGGGCCUUUGUGUCUGAGGUCAGUCAGCACACCAAGACCACUGGCUGCUGGGGCCGUACUGGGGGUGUUUCCAAGAAGAAAUGAGUCCCUGGGCCUUUGCUGUUAAUAAAGUUUAUAUGUUAAUAGUUUAUAUGCCUGUGGUGGGGGGGGGGGAGAGUUGAAGGCCCACCCUGUCAAAAAAAAAAAAAAAAAGACAGAACAAGUCUGAAGUCCUGUCAAUCAAAGUGCUGUUGAUCCUCCUCAAUGGACACCGCCCUCUAGAUGGAUAAAUAGGCUGGGCCUAUUACAGCGUCCUGAGCUCCCAUAGGGUGUGCCCUUCAGGAGGGCUGACCCACUCCGACAGCGGCUGUGGAUCUAAGGAAUCUAGGCCACCAUAUCCUUCCACCUUGACCUCCAUCAGGAACCUGUGAGGGCUGGGAAAAGGGCAGGGCUGGAAUUCAGGUCAUCCCACCCAGAGAUGAUCCUGUGACCUGAGUUAGCCAGCACUCUUCCCUCUCUAAAGAAAUGUGGGAACCACCAGCCACAAAUGGCCACUGAAAUCGUGACUGUGCGUGUAUGUGCACGCAGGUUUACAUGUAUCCAUGUCAGAGGUCAGCCUCAGGUGUCCUUCCUUGGGGACUGUCCACCCUUGUAGUUUUUAAG